GGAGGGGCUGUACUGCGCGCGCGCCCCGGAAACGGAAGCCUUUGCGGCCUGCCCGGCGGCUGAUUCGAGGGCUUGUUUGGUCAGAAGCGGCGCCUCAGAGAAGCUGCCCUGGAUCCCGCCAUGCCGUCUGAGGGUCGCUGCUGGGAGACCUUGCAGGCGCUGCGGAGUUCCGACAAAGGCCGCCUUUGCUACCACCGCGACUGGCUGCUGCGGGGCGAGGAUGUUUUGGAAGAAUGUAUGUCUCUUCCCAAGCUAUCUUCUUAUUCUGGAUGGGUGAUAGAUCACGUCGUACCCCAUAUGCAGGAGAACCAACCUGUCUCUGAGACUUCGCCAUCCUCUAUGUCAGCUUCAGCCCUAGACCAAAUUCCCAAAUCUCCUGACACAAGCUCUGCCUUUUCCCCAGCGUCCCCUGCAACACCAAAUGGAACCAAGGACAAAGAUGAGUCCCAGCACACAGAAUCUAUGGUACAUCAAUCCCCACGGGGGAUCAAAGUGGAAGGCUGCAUCCGAAUGUAUGAACUGGUACACAGAAUGAAAGGAACAGAGGGCCUAAGGCAAUGGCAGGAGGAGCAGGAGAGGAAGGUGCGAGCCCUCUCAGAGAUGGCAUCUGAACAACUGAAGCGGUUUGAUGAACGGAAGGAACUGAAGCAGCAUAAAGAAUUCCAGGACUUGCGGGAAGUAAUGGAGAAAAGCUCGAGAGAAGCCUUGGGACACCAAGAGAAGCUAAAAGCUGAGCACCGUCACAGAGCAAAGAUUCUCAACCUGAAGCUGCGGGAGGCAGAGCAGCAGCGCGUGAAGCAAGCGGAGCAGGAGCGGCUUCGGAAGGAAGAAGGCCAGGUCCGCCUGCGGGCCCUCUAUGCUCUGCAGGAGGAAAUGCUGCAGCUUAGCCAGCAGCUGGAUGCUUCUGAGCAGCACAGAGGCCUGCUUAAGGUCGACCUGGCUGCCUUUCGGACCCGAGGCAACCAGCUAUGCAGCCUCAUCUCAGGGAUCAUCCGGGCCUCUUCAGAGAGUGGCUGUCCUACAGCAGAGAGCCAAGCUGAGGCUGAGCGAGCUCUGCAGGAAAUGCGGGACCUCCUUACGAACUUGGGGCAGGAGAUCACCAGAGCCUGCGAAGACAAGAAGAGGCAGGAUGAAGAGGAGGCCCAGGUAAAACUGCAAGAGGCACAGAUGCAGCAGGGACCAGAGGCCCACAAAGAGUCCCCGGCUUCCAGCCAGGGCCCAGGAGGGAAACAGAUUGAAGACCUCCAGGUGAAGGUACAAGACAGUACAAUGCAGUGGUACCAGCAGUUGCAGGAUGCUUCCAUGCAGUGUGUGUUGACCUUUGAGGGCCUGACCAACAGCAAGGACAGUCAGGCCAAAAAGAUAAAAAUGGACCUCCAGAAGGCUGCUACCAUCCCAGUGAGCCAAAUCUCUACCAUCGCAGGCUCAAAACUGAAGGAGAUCUUUGACAAGAUCCACAGCCUGCUCUCUGGAAAACCUGUUCAAUCUGGUGGGCGCUCUGUGUCUGUCACACUUAACCCACAGGGGCUGGACUUUGUUCAAUACAAACUGGCAGAGAAAUUUGUGAAACAAGGCGAGGAGGAAGUGGCCUCUCACCAUGAAGCAGCAUUCCCCAUUGCAGUUGUGGCGUCCGGGAUCUGGGAGCUCCACCCCAGAGUAGGGGACCUCAUUCUUGCUCAUCUACAUAAGAAGUGUCCUUACUCUGUUCCUUUCUAUCCCACUUUCAAGGAGGGAAUGGCUUUGGAAGACUAUCAGAGGAUGCUUGGCUACCAAGUAACGGAUUCCAAAGUGGAGCAGCAAGACAACUUUCUAAAACGCAUGUCAGGGAUGAUUCGUCUCUAUGCUGCCAUCAUCCAGCUCCGGUGGCCAUAUGGAAACCGACAGGAGAUUCACCCUCAUGGCUUAAAUCAUGGAUGGCGCUGGUUGGCACAGAUCUUAAACAUGGAACCCUUGUCAGAUGUGACGGCCACCCUCCUCUUUGACUUCCUGGAGGUGUGUGGGAAUGCCCUCAUGAAGCAGUACCAGGUUCAGUUCUGGAAGAUGCUAAUUCUCCUCAAAGAGGACUACUUUCCCAGAAUUGAAGCUAUCACAAGCUCAGGACAAAUGGGUUCCUUCGUACGCCUCAAGCAGUUCUUGGAGGUAAGAUGCUCUUAGACCAACAUGUCCCACACUGUUGUUGGGCUGGAAUGCACCUGUGUCUGACAAGGCUUGCACCUUCAGAUGCUCUGAUUGCACUGUCUUCCUUAGUUUUUCCAAACCCUUCUUUUUGUUCCUAAUUCCCUCUUAACCUUUGGAGCAAGGGUUGCCAUUACCUCUUUAUAUGUAUCAUUCUGCAUACUGCCUGUAAGAAAGCUAUGCCAAGAUGAAUAAAAU